AUCAGUUGCCACCUUCAGUAACCAAAGAGGAACCUAAACUAUGGCAGAGAAGGCCCCCAGGAAGUCUGCCCUUCAUGGGGUGAGCAUCCGGCAGCUGGUGGAGGAGAUCCCCGAAGGCUGCAGCACACCAGACUUCCAGCAGAAGCCCGUCGCCCUGGCGCUGCAGGAAGGGAAAAAUGCCAUCUUCCGGGCCCUGGUCUGUGGGGAGCCCCAGCCUGAGGUCCAUUGGCAGAGCACCAAAGGUCACCUCAGUAACUCCAGCAAGUACCACAUCUCCUCCUCCCCCAGCGGCAAAGAGCAUGUGCUACAGAUCAACAAGCUGACGGGCGAGGACUCGGACCUGUACCGCUGCACUGCGGUGAACGUCUACGGCGAGGCCACGUGCUCCACAAGGCUCCUAGUCAUCGAAGUUGGCUUUCGGAAGAACCGGAAGAGGCACAAGGAGCCCCAGGAGGACCUCAGGAAGGAGCUGAUGGACUACCGAAAUCUUCUGAAAAAGAGGGCCCCGCCUCCCGCCAAGAAGAAGGUGGACCUGGAGCAGGUGUGGCAGCUUCUGAUGACGGCCGACCGCAAGGACUACGAGCGCAUCUGCCUGAAGUACGGCAUCGUGGACUACCGCGGCAUGCUGCGCAAGCUCAGGGAGAUGCGGAAGGAGCAGGAGGACAAGAUGGCGCAGUACGUUAACACCGUCUCCAACUUAAGACACAUCAGGGUCAGCAAGGAGGGGGUCGCAACAUUUGAUCUGGAGCUGGAUCUCAAGGAUCCUGGGAGCAAGGUUUACCUGUAUAAGGAUGGUGAGAUGGUCCCCUACAGCCUUGACAACCAUACCAAGCACUGUCUGCGGCGGCUGGGGAAGCGCUAUCAGUUCCAGGUCCGGGACCUGCAAGCUGAGGAUGCCGGCAUUUACCAGGUCAAGGUGGAGGAUGCCGAAAUCUUCUCCACGGAACUGGAUGCCAGCGCCAUCCCCUCCAGAGUGGUGGUCCCGCUGGUUGAGGCUCACUGUGAAGAGCAGGGCGAUGCUGUCUUCGAGUGUGUUCUCUCCAGCCCCUGCCCCCACGCCGCCUGGAAUUUCCGGCACCGGCCCCUCCAAACCAGCGACAAAUACGAAGUGUUUGUGUCCCCUGAUGGGCUGACCCACCGGCUGGUGGUCAGGGGGGCCCAUUUGUCAGACAUGGGCCCUUACUCACUGGGCACUGGAUUCCACAGCUCUACUGCCUGGCUGGUCGUUGGAGGGAAAGAGAAAAGCCUUCUGACUGCAAGUGCUGGCCGUCAGCAGCAAGCUCAAGGAGCCCAGACCUCAGAAGCAGAAGAUUCCAGGAGCAUCAGUGGCAAGGGAGGGAAACCCAGAAAGCAGGGCCUGCUGGAGGGCUCCCUUAAUGGGGCCAGGCCUGCUUCUGGGCUCCAGCUCACAGCUGACCUAGAGACAGGUGGCCUUGGUGGGCAUGGCUACUCCCUGGUAGGGAGUGAUGGGGCAGCUGGCUUAGCCUGGGACCCUGGGCACGCAGGAAAGGGCUUUCUGGAAGGAGAGGGAGGCACAGUCACUGCCCUUAGGGAAAAUCAACUCCACAGAGAGGGUGGCUGGAGCAGAAGCCUUCCAGGGAGCCCCUAUGCACAGGGAGAGGGCCUAGAAUCAGGUUUGGGUCUCAUGGAAGUUCAACAGCAAGAUCAUGGCACAGGCAGUGAUGGGGACAAAUGCCAUAGGACAGUAGGAGGCUGGGAGGCUGAGUCCAAGUACCCUCAGGUGGGAGGACUGGGGAGCAGCAGGGAAGGAGAGGAGUACAGAGAGGACCACAGGAGUCCUCUGGACAGGCAUAACCAGGAACAACUCUUCAGUGCUUAUUUGGGACCUGGGAGAGGAAAGACAGCCCUGAAGGGAUCCCAGUCUGGUCCUAUGGACUCUUGGUCAGAAGGAGGAGUGAUGGAAGAGAUUUUGCAGGGGGAAAACUUGGGUGAGGUGGAGGGAGGGGAUGAUUUGAGCAGGGAAAGACAGAGAGGAGCCACAAGGGCAGUGUGGGGCUGGGAGACUGGCCUGGGGGAAGCUGGAGACAGCAGUGGGGCAGGUGGUCCUGGGGCCCAGGAGAAUCCUGGAGAACGAGCUUCUAGCUCCAAGACAGGCAUAGGCCCUGAGUCCUGGGGCUCUCAGAGAGGCAGAGAUGCUGAUGAUGGGGAAGAAGAGGGCUGCUGGGGGCCAGGGGAGUCUCGAGGGCAGAUACCUAAAGGAAAGAACUCCCAGGAACCAUCAAUAUCUGGUAGCAGAAGUUUCCUCCUGGGAAGAGGGGGGCCUGAGGCCAAAGCUGAGAGGUCACUACAGACAGCUGGUCAAGGCCCAGGGAAGUCUGUGGGUGGGGGAAAGGGCUACAAAACCAGCCCCACAGGCCCAGGAGGUCCCAGGGGCUGGGAGAAGGGCCUACAGGGGCCCAGGGGAAGGGAGAGCCAGAAGACAGUAGGGGACUUGGGUGAGUCAGGGGAUGGCUCUGGAAGCUUCCAGUGUUCCCAAGGCUGGCCAGCAGGUCAGUGGGGGGCAGAGGAUGCUGGCAGAAUAGAGUCUGAGAGCACAGAUCCUUGGGAUGACACAGAGUCCAGCCUCAGCAAAACUGGGGCCCACCACAGACCUGGACUUUUGGGGUCUGGGGAUGGGGAAAGUGGUGUGGGUGGUACCCAGGGGUCUGGACUGAUGGGGUCUGGUCAGGGGGUGGAUGCCAGAAGCCACAGGCUAAUUGGGUCUCCAAGCCUGGGUGCUCAGGGUUCUGGGAAGACACUAGGAGACACCGGUGGAUUAAAAGGUCCAGGGACAAUAGGCUCUGAACCAGAUUUCUGGAAUGGGUCAUGGAACUCCAGAGGAAAAGGACCCAGAGGUAAGACAGGCUACAAGGAUGGCUUAGGAGGUCCAGGGAGGAUGGAAUCUAGGUAUGGCGAUGGCACAGGGUACGCUAGAGGAGUAGGUCCUGAAACUGGGGCUGGCUAUAGCGACGGCUCAGCAGUGUCAGGAGAAAUGGGAUUCGGUUAUGGCACUGGUUGCAGAGUGGCCUCUGGGGCAUCUGGCGGAACAGAGUUUGAGAAAGGGGAUGGUUUUACGCAUGGCUCAGGUGUGCCUGGCGGAAUGUGGUCUGGAAACGGAGAUAAUGAUGGUCCUGCAAUAUGGCGGUCUGGGAGAAUUGCUAAUCUCAAGAAUGGCUCAGGUGGCCAUGAUAGAGGGCCCAGCGAUGAAGCCAGGAUGCCUCCGGAGGCCAGGGAUGCAUCCAAAGCCCAGGGGGAUGCUGGCCCUGGGGGAAGGCAUCAUUCCAGCCGUGGCCUAGGGAGCCCUGGGACAGUGGGGUCUGUGGGGAGAGGUGACCUCGGGGCCUCGGCAACUAUGGAGGCUGUUGGGGAAGGACAUGCAGAAGCAGAACCAGGGGUCUCUGGAAGAAUAAGGCCUUGGGGUCAGACUGGAGACUACGGGGACUUCAGAGCCUCAGGGGCUCUGGGGGCCUUUGGAGAAGGAGGCCAUGAAGAGGGCCCUGGGGAAGCCAUGGAGCCGAGGUAUCUGAAGGCAGGUGACAAAGUGAAUGAUGGGGUUGGGACCAGGGGCCUUGGUGCUAGGGUCCCUGGAGCUGGAGCUGGUCAUUGGGACGAUACCAAGGUCCCCGAGGCGCUGGCUCCUCAACCUGGAGUCAGUUCUGAGAGCCAAGGAGCUUAUGGGCCUGGUGGCGUGCCUGGUCAUGGGGGUGGAUCAGGAAUUCCAGGGUCUCAGCAAAUUGGAAGCAGAACAGCUUAUAGAGGAAGGUCAAAGGGUCUUGGGUCUGGGGGAAUGGGGUCAGGGGGUGAGGCAGAUUAUAAGGAUGGUAUUGGGGUUUCUGGGGAGAUGGGGUCAGUAAAUGAGGCAGACUAUAGGAAAGAUUCAGGGACUCCUGAGGGAAUGGGUUCAUUGGGUAAGGCAGAUCAUAGGGAUGAUUUAGGGGGCUCUGGGAGAAUGGGGAUGAGGGGUGAGGCAGGUUAUGGGGAUGGCUUGGGGGGUUCUGGAAGAAUAAGGGCAGGGGGUGAGGCACGUUAUAGGCAUAGCUUGGGGGAUUCUGGGAGAAUUGGGUCAAGGAGUGAGGCAGGUUAUAAGGAUGGCUUGGAGGGUUCUGGGAGAAUGGGGAUGGGGGGUGAGGCAGGUUAUAAGGAUGGUUUGGGGGGUUCUGGGAGAAUGGGGAUAGGGGGUGAGGCAGGGUAUGGGGAUGGCUUAGGAGGUCCUGGAAAAAUGGGGUCAGGGGCUGGGGAAGGUUAUAGGGAUGGCUUAGGAGGUCCUGGGAGAAUUGGGUCAGGGGGUGAGACAGGUUAUAAGGAUGGUUUGGGGGGUUCUGGAAGAAUGGGGAUAGAGGGUGAGGCAGGUUAUGGAGAUGGCUUGGUAGAGUCUGGAAGAAUUGGGUCAGGGGGUGAUGCAGGUUAUAAGGAUGGUUUGGGGGGUUCUGAGAGAAUGGGGGCAGGGAGUAAAGCAGGUUAUGGGGCUGGCUUGGGGGAGUCUGAGAGAAUUGGGCCAAGAGGUGACAAAGGUUAUAAAGAUGGUUUGGGGGUUUCUGGGAGACUUGGGUCAGGGGGAGAGGCAGGUUAUAAGGAUGGUUUGGGGGUUUCUGGGAGACUUGGGUCAGGGGGAGAGGCAGGUUAUAAGGAUGGUUUGGGGAGUUCUGGGAGACUUGGGUCAGGUGGAGAGGCAGGUUAUAAGGAUGGUUUGGGGAGUUCUGGGAGACUCAGGUCAGGAGAUGAAGCAGGCCGUAGGGAUGGUUUGGGGGCUGCUAGGGGACUGGGGUCAGGAAGUAAGGCAGAUUAUAGGGGAGGCUCAGGAGGAUCUGGAGAAAUGGGGUCAGAAGGUGAGGUGGGCUACAGAGAUGCUUCAGGGAAGUUCAGAGUAACGGGCACACAGGCUGGAGUGGGAUAUGAAGGUGGACCCAGGAGCCAAGAAAUCAUAGAGCAUGCUCCAGGCCAAGAAGGGGCUGGUCGGCGUCAAGACCCACGGUUCCUAGAUAGCAAAGUUUCAGGUGUUGGAAGGGGCAGGUCUACUGGUUCAGAGGACUCAGGCAUCCUGGAUAAGGGGAAUUUCACUGAUAGGGAGAAGAGUCUCACCCAAAAACCUGGGGAUUUAGGGCCUCGGGGAGCCUGGAAUCGUCUAGAUGGUCCCUUGGGUGGAAAAGACUCUAUGGACAGAUCAGGGGGUAUCCAGGGCCUGGGCUUUCAGCUAGACAAAGGGCAAAGAGGAGAAAGAGGGUCCCUGGGAUAUCAGGGGCCCCUGGGGGCUGAGAAUGACAGACCCCAAGGUCCAGGGACCCUAAAGGAGUAUGAGAGAUGGGGAGCAGAAGAGUCUGGAGGGUCAGACAGAAGGCCUGGCCAGUUCAGCAGUUCUCAAAGAUGGUUGGGGGUGGAGGCUGGAACAGCAAAGGGAAGGGGAACAGACAAGGUCAGAGCCUCGGGGCAGCCACUGGGAGGAGAGGACCGAGAGAGCAGAAGGGUGACUCUGCACAAAGACCAGAGUUGGGAGCCACUGAGUCAUCUCGGUAGCAGGAGAGGUGGCCUGGAGGGCAGGUCAGACAUCUGUGGUCAGGGGAGGGACGCCACCCAGAGUCCCAGAUCCAGACACAAACCUGGCACUGACGGUUUCUCCAAGGAGGCCCAAGGCCCCAGGGACUACUUCUCCCAGGGCCUGGCUGACACAGAAGUGCAGCAGGGAGAGGCUGCUGUGCUCUCCUGUACCCUCACCCGCGACCUGGGCCCCGGUGCCUGGUUUAAAGAUGGAGUCAAGCUCAGCGCCCAGGAUGGAGUCGUCUUUGAGCAAGAUGGUCUCGUGCACAAGCUCCUCAUUGCCCACGUGCAGGGGACCCAGGCUGGGAGGUACACCUUUGUAGCCGGCAACCAGCAGAGCGAGGCCACCCUGAGUGUCCACGAUCGCCCCGUAAUCGCUGCUGAUGUGACAGAGAAACUGAGAGAGCCUCUGGUGGUCAAGGCUGGGAAGCCGGUGACGGUGAAGAUCCCCUUCCAGAGCCGCCUCCCAGUUCAGGCUUCCUGGAAGAAGGACGGGACCGAAGUGGUGGACAGCGGCCGCCGCCAGGGGGCGCAGGUGGCCCUGGGGGAAGGCUUCACGCGGCUGUGCCUCUCCAGCGCCGGCAGGAAGGACGGUGGCCGGUACCGCGUGACACUGAAGAGCGAGGGCGGCUCUGUGCAGGCUGAGCUCACCCUGCAGGUUAUAGACAAGCCCCAGGCCCCACAAGGUCCCCUGGAGGUAGAGGAUCGCCGGGGGGCUGGUGUCUGCCUCCACUGGCGGCCCCCAAAGGACGACGGGGGCCGGGCCUUGGAGCACUACGUGGUGGAGAGGCGGCAAGCCGGCCGGACCGCUUGGCUGAAGGUGGGCGAGCCCCCUGCCGGCAGCACCACCUUUACCGAUGCCCACGUGGAGCAGGGCAGGAAAUACACCUUCCGGGUGCGAGCUGUGACCUCUGAGGGGGCUGGGGAAGCCUUGGAGUCCACAGAGGUGCUGGUGGCUCCUAAGGCUCUCCCUGGGCCCCCUUCAAGCCCAGCCAUCCAGUCGGCCUCCAGCCAGGGCAUCACGCUGACGUGGACAGCACCUCGGGGCCCUGGCAGUGCCCAUAUCCUGGGCUACCUGAUUGAGAAGCGCAAGAGGGGAAGCAGCGCCUGGACAGCAGUGAAUGCCCAGCCCGUGCCUGAGAGGAGGUGGACCGUGGCAGAUGUGCGACAGGGCUGUCAAUAUGAGUUUCGGGUCACAGCUGUGUCUCCCUCUGGCCCCGGAGAGCCUGGGCCUCCAUCGGAUGCCGUCUUUGCUCGGGACCCCAUGAGACCCCCCGGGCCUGUGCGGGACCUCCAAGUCACAGACACAUCGCACACUAGCAUCACCUUGAGCUGGGCCCAGCCAGACACACAGGACGGGGAUACAGCCCAGGGCUAUGUGGUGGAGCUUCGUGGCUCAGACAGUCUGCAGUGGAGCCCCUGCCACGAGGGCACCGUGCCAGUCACCACCUUCACUGCCAAAGGGCUUCGGCCCCAAGAGAGCUACUUCGUGAGGGUGACAGCUGUCAACGAUGGAGGCCGUGGCCAGCCCACCUCCCUGGACACGUUAGUGCAAGUCAUGCCCGUUGCUGUCCGUCCCAAGUUCCUGAUGGACUCCAGCAGACGGGACUCGCUGAUGGUCAGAGCUGGGGAGACCAUUCGUAUGCCUGUCUCCUUUGAAGCCGUCCCCAUGCCUGAGGUGACCUGGCUGAAGGACGGCUUGCCCUUGCUUAAAAGUAAUGUGACCUCCACCAAGGAGGGCCUCACUCAGCUUCUGAUUCCUGUGGCCAGCCUCUCAGACAGUGGCGUCUACACCGUGCUGCUGAGGAGCCUGCAGGGCACAGAGGCUCUCUACCGCUUCUCCCUCAGGGUGGCAGCGUGUCCGAAGGCACCUGGGCCCAUCCGCCUGCAGGAGAACGUGCCCGGGACAGUGACGGCCGAGUGGGAACCCUCUCCAGACGAGGCCGGGGGUGUCCCCCUGUACUAUGAGGUGCUGACACGCUCCUCGGUGCAAGGGCCCUGGCGCCAGGCGGCUGACCGCGUGCACACCAACCACUUCACCCUCCUGGGCGUGCUCCCUGGCCGCGAGUACCACUUCCGGGUGGUGGCCAAGAAUGAGCUGGGGGCCAGCCUGCCCUCGGACACCAGCCAGCCCUGGUGUAUCCCCCGGCAGCGAGAAAGGUUCACGGUGAAGGCUCCAAGCUACCGGGAGCCUAACCUGAGCCAGAAGCCCCGGUUCCUGGUGGGGCUGCGGACCCACCUGCUGCCGCAGGGCUGCGAGUGCUGCAUGAGCUGUGCUGUGCAGGGCUGGCCGCGGCCCUAUGUCACCUGGUUCAAGGACGACCAGAGCCUGGCUGGAAACCCUGCCGUGUACAGCACUGACGUGCUGGGUGUGUGCUCCCUCGUCAUCCCCAGCGUCUCCCCCAAGGACAGCGGCCAGUACAAGGCAGUGGCGGAGAAUGCGCUGGGUCAGGCCAUCAGCACCGCCACCCUCAUUGUCACAGGUGAAAAAUCCAGCUCCUAACACCACCUCACCCCG